UUCUCUUUUCUCUCUUGUUUUUAAUCUUCCUUUAGAGGAAAAUUUCUCUCUCUCUCUCUCUCUCUCUCCCUCUCUCCCUCGUUUGGGGAAUUGGGCUCCAGAGAAGACAUACAAAUUUAAAUACCGCUCCGGAGAAGGGUCAGACAGUUGCUCGUGAGAAUCUCUGAGUCUGAGAGCAGGAUAAAGAAGAGGAAGAAAAAGCUCCCAGCCUUCCACCUUCUCUGCUUCUCUUCGCUUUGCAGUUACUGCUCUUUCCUCUUUUCUAAAUCCAAUAUCAUCUCCAUCUCUCUGGCUAUGGCUCUCGUUUUGUGUUCUUUUUGUUUGUGAAUCGGGCGGUGUUGAUGCUCGCGUUUUGUUGCUCUGUCUAUUCUACAUCUCUUCUUUGUAGUCUGCUCUCUUCUCUCUAAAGCUAUAAGCUUGACUGCUUGACUGUGAGUUUUAAAAGACCCAGAAAAGAAAAACAGUGAACGCUGAAAGGGGACAGAGAAAGAAUACAUGGGUAGUCGUUGUUUCUCUCUAUCCACUCUGUUUUUUCUGUUUCUUACGGUGACAAAGCUGUUGACUGAAGUCGAUUCAAGAACCUAUUGGGAAGAUAUAGAGAGCUUGAAGGAGCUGAAGAAAGGAGUCGAUGCUAGGUCUGUGACGCCGGGGUCUUGCUUGAGUUCCUGGGACUUCUCCGUCGACCCAUGCGACAACAUCUUCGGCGAGCGAUUCACUUGUGGGUUCAGAUGUGACGUCGUUGUCUCCGGCCUCAGCCGAGUCACUGAAAUCAGCCUCGACCGAGCUGGUUACUCCGGGUCCCUCUAUUCCUCCACCUGGAACCUCCCUUACUUGGAGAACCUGGACCUCGCCGACAAUUUCUUUUCCGGGUCCAUCCCAAGCUCGUUUUCCAACCUGACUCGCCUCCGCCGACUUGCUCUCUCGCGAAAUUCGUUGUCCGGCGAGAUACCCACCUCGAUUGGGUCCCUCUCCUAUCUCGAAGAGCUCUACCUCGACAACAACCAUCUUCAAGGCCCAAUCCCCGCGAGCUUCAACGGUUUGGUGCGCUUGGAAAGACUAGAGCUUCAAGGGAACCACUUUUCCGGCGAGUUUCCCGAUUUGAGUUCUCUCAAUAGCCUUUAUUUCAUCGACGCCAGCGAUAAUGGGAUUUACGGCCGAGUGCCUGUCAAUUUUCCAGGAUCCCUAGUUGAGAUUUUGAUGAGAAACAAUAAGCUACAAGGAAAUCUCCCGGAGAACUUUCGUGAUUUGAGGUUUCUCCAAGUGAUUGAUCUGAGCAAUAACCGGCUUUCGGGCUCUAUUCCAUCUGCUCUGUUCGACCACCCAUCUCUGCAACAACUAACUCUGUCUCACAACCAAUUCUCGUCUAUACAAGUACCCUGGACCAUGGGCACCCGAAGCGAGUUGAUAGCGCUUGAUAUCAGUUACAACGAGCUUCAAGGAUUGUUGCCAGUUUUCAUGGCGAUGAUGCCAAGGCUCUCAGCUUUGUCCUUGGAGUACAACAAGUUCACAGGGAUGAUACCCUCUCAGUAUGCACUGAAAGCCGUCGUUCACGUCGCUGGAACUUCACCGUUCGUGAGGCUCUUGCUCGGAGGGAACUACUUGUUUGGCCCGAUACCAGGUCCGUUAAUGGCAUUAAAACCAGGUUCCGCCACAGUGAGCUUAGUGGAUAACUGUUUGUAUAGAUGUCCAUCGACGUUCUUCUUCUGUCAAGGUGGAGAACAGAAGUCGGUAAUGGCGUGUAAGAGCUUUGAACCUGUGAUUCCUUGAAGACUGUGCAAGUAUAAAUUGUACCGAUCCCAAAGAGGGUUUCUCUUAAAUGAAUAUCUUCUUCUUUGUUUUUUCUCGUCUGAACAAGUUAAUAAUUUUUCAUUUUUUUUCUUGUUCUUGUAAAGAAAAGUGUAACUUGUGAAUGUCAAUAGUAACUGAAACUGAAACCAGGGGGAACAAGAGGACUACUACCGCCCGUUCUGUUUGGGGCGUCGUUUGCGUGUUUUUGUUUUGUACAAGAAAGAAUCACAAAUCUCAGAGAUGAGCACUGAUAACAGUAGGAGGAUUUCAGGAGUUC